AUGUGUGUGGUUGGCGCUGGUAAGUCGGUUCCAGAUACCUUUCUUGAAGGCCUUGCCGAAUACAAACACAGCAGCGAGACAAUGUCCGAGACAAGAAGUGGUAACAGUGCUGAAGAGCAACCCCGCGUCGCCAGCCAAGACAAUGAAAGCAACAACAACGCACCUGUCACCACUCCUGCUGCGGCGACAACAUCUGUUUUUAUCGGACUUGGCCCCGCCGCUUCCACCAUUUCUGACGAAGCACUGCGCGAGCGCCUUGAGGAGGUGGCACCGGUGCUUGGCGUCCGCAUCCGUGGCCGCUGCGCCUUUGCAGAUGUGCCUGAUCCGGAGGCCGCCGCCCGGCUUGUGUCAGAAUUGAACGGUAAGCUCAUUGGUGAGGCACGCAUGGCAGUGCAGCUCAGCCGCAGUAAGGAGAAGGAGCGCCCCCCGGUCAACAACAAUCACAACAAGAAUGGAAAUAACCCCGGCAGGACGUCGCUCUUUGUCGGUCUCGGUCCGGCUGGCGGCGCCAUCUCUGACAAGGAGCUUCGCAACAAGCUGGAGGAGGUCGCCCCCAUCACUGGGUUUAGGCGACGGGGGCAGUGCGCAUUUGUUGACGUGGCAGACGUUGCGCAGGCAUCGAGGAUGAUUGAUGAACUCAACAAUCAGUACAUUGGCGACUGCCGCCUUUCGGUUCAGUACAGCCGCGACAACAAGACCUCCCGCUCCGGUGGUCGCAUGGAGAAGCGUAGCCGCAGCCCUAUUCGUCGUGGUCAUCACCACCGUAGCCGUAGAAGUGAUAGCCCCGACCGCCGCCGCUGUCGUCGGCGCAAAAGCCGCAGCUACAGCAGUCGCUCCAGCUCUAGCCGCAGAAGCAGCUACUACUCGGAUGACAGCCGUGAUCGCCACCGACACGACAAACGGGACCGACGACGCCGGGAACGCAGCCGCAGUUAUAGUAGCCGAUCGCGAUCGAGCAGUCCCGCCUACCGCAAGCGUCGUGACUGA